AUGGUCAAACCAUCAAUGCCAAUGAUGGCGCGCUUGCGUCUGACCACCAAACAUACCAGGGGCGGCUACUACAAAGGAAACCGGUCGGGCUCCAUGGGUAACUUUGUGCAGCCAAGCAGCAAAUACGAGGUCGACUGGAACAAGGCGCGCACCUAUGUGGUUCCUACCGAAUCUAUGGAAACAUUCAAGCUCACGCCCUUUGUCACGAAACGCAUGGAGCCGAAGCGGAGCCGAUACUGGAAGGACGUUGAGCUACACGGAGAGACUCGCAGCAUCCCCGCGUCUCUGGGGGGCAAGGAAUUCCUCGACCUAUGGGCGGAUCACAACCAGGAAGAAGUUCUUGAGCCACAGAGAAAGCAGCAAGAAGCCGAAGAAAAUGUCAGACUCGCCGAGGAAAAUGUCAAAGCUGCCGAAGAAAAAGCCAAAGUUGCCGAAGCAAAUGUCAAAGCAGCCGACCAAGCAGCCAUAGCAGCCAAGGCGGCCAGGGAGACCAUGGGAACCGAACCCUGGAGAGCCGCCAGGAAAGAAGCCAGGAAUGCCCGAAGUGCGGCCUGGAAAGCCAGAAGAGCAGCCUUGAGAGCAGCCCAAGAGGCUCAAGAGGCCAGGGAAGCAGCACAACAAGCUCGAGAAGACCAAGAAGCAGCCCGAUAA